UCCCUGGCAUUACUGGGGAGCCCGGCAAAACAGUCUCGUAGUAGAGGAUCCGUUUUUCUUUGACGAGCAAGCAUUCCAUACUCCGUGACGCCGUCCACAGUUAGCAGCCCUGCGUGGUUGUUCUUGGGCAAGUCGUGAAGAAGGUUCGAAACCUAGGGCUUCGUCUACUCCGAAAAUCCGAAUUCUUAAUUUGAAGCUCUAAUGGGGUCAUUGAAGAGGAAGUUUCUUGAAGAUGAAUCUGAUGAAACUUGCCCUUCGCAAAGACAACAGGGAGAAUAUGCUUCAGAAUUGGUUGAUGAACCUGUGGCAUGUGUGCAUGAUGUUUCUUACCCAGAGGGUUUUGUUCUGUCUCCUCAGUCCAUAGCUUCACAUCAUUCUGACCCUGCCAAAAAGUUCCCUUUCACUCUUGACCCUUUUCAGUCGGAAGCUAUCAGUUGCCUUGAAAAAGGCGAAUCUGUCAUGGUAUCUGCGCAUACAUCUGCUGGAAAAACAGUUGUCGCGUUAUAUGCUAUUGCUAUGUCUAUUCAUAAUGGACAACGAGUGAUAUACACUUCACCUAUUAAGGCACUGAGCAAUCAGAAGUAUAGAGAGUUUAAAGAAGAAUUUUCUGAUGUUGGUCUGAUGACUGGAGAUGUAACAAUUGAUCCCAAUGCUUCUUGCUUGGUGAUGACUACAGAAAUCUGGCGUAGUAUGCAGUACAAAGGAUCAGAGGUCACAAGGGAGGUGGCUUGGAUCAUUUUUGAUGAGGUACAUUACAUGCGUGAUCGUGAAAGAGGUGUGGUUUGGGAGGAGAGCAUUGUCAUGUCGCCCAAGAAUUCCCAUUUUGUUUUUUUAUCUGCGACUGUGCCGAAUGCAAAGGAAUUCGCUGAUUGGGUUGCCAAGGUGCACCAACAGCCUUGUCAUAUUGUUUAUACUGAUUACCGACCAACUCCUCUCCAGCAUUAUAUUUUUCCUUCUGGAGGUAAUGGUCUGUACUUGGUUGUGGAUGACAAGGGAAAAUUUCGUGAAGACAGUUUUCAAAGAGCUUUAAAUGCCCUCAUUCCCAAUAAUGAGGGUAAUAAUAAAAGGGAAAAUGGCAAGUUGAAGGGCUUGGCCCUAGCUAGAGUUGGUGAAGAAAGUGACAUAUUUAAGAUGGUGAAAAUGAUCAUUCAGCGCGAAUAUGAUCCUGUUAUACUUUUCAGCUUUAGCAAACGAGAGUGUGAGCUACUUGCAAUGCAGAUGGCAAAAAUGGACCUUAAUGGGGAUGAUGAAAAGGAAAACAUAGAAAGAAUCUUUUGGAGUGCUAUGGAUAUGCUUUCAGACGAUGAUAAGAAGCUACCUCAGGUUUCAAACAUGUUGCCCUUGCUGAAACGUGGAAUAGGAGUACACCACUCUGGCUUGCUCCCAAUUUUGAAGGAAGUGAUUGAGAUUUUAUUUCAAGAAGGGCUAAUUAAGUGUUUGUUUGCCACGGAGACCUUCAGCAUCGGUUUGAACAUGCCCGCAAAAACAGUUGUUUUUACAAAUGUCCGAAAAUUUGAUGGGGAUAAAUUUAGGCGGAUAUCCAGUGGUGAAUAUAUACAGAUGAGUGGUCGUGCUGGUCGACGAGGUAUUGAUGAACGGGGAAUUUGUAUCCUCAUGGUUGAUGAGAAGAUGGAACCUUCUACUGCUAAAAUGAUGGUUAAAGGUGCAGCUGACAGUUUAAACAGUGCCUUUCGAUUAAGCUACAACACAGUUUUGAACCAGAUGUGCUGUGAGGAUGGUGACCCUGAAAAUUUGCUUCGUAAUUCUUUUUAUCAGUUCCAAGCUGAUCGUGCCAUUCCUGAUCUUGAGAAACAAAUAAAGGGUCUUGAAGAAGAGAGGGAAUCGAUUGUGAUUGAAGAAGAGGUCAAAUUAAAGGAUUAUUACAAUCUGCUGGAGCAGUAUAGGCUUCUGAACAGAGAGGUUCGUGACAUUGUAUUAUCUCCAAGGUACUGUUUACCCUUUUUACAGCCUGGCAGGCUCGUGUCUCUCCAAUGCAGUUCAAGCAAUGAAGAUCUUGCCCCGUCAUUUAUUGAGGACCAGGUGACUUGGGGUUUGGUCAUUAAUUUUCAAAGCAUCAAGAGUUCUUCUGAAGAUAAUGCAAGUGUAAAACCUGAAGAUGCAAAUUACACUGUUGACGUUCUUACAAGAUGUAUGGUGAGGAAAGAAAAAUUUGGGAAAAAAUUUGUUAAGAUAGUCCCCAUAAAAGAGGUUGGAGAUCCUGUAGUUGUCUCAGUUCCUAUCUCUCAGAUUAACACAAUAAGCAGUCUGCGCCUAUAUAUUCCAAAGGAUCUUCUGUCAUUGGAAGCUCGGGAAAACAUGCUGAAGAAAGUGUCAGAAACUCUUUCUAGAUUUGCUGAAAAAGGGUUGCCCCUUCUAGAUCCUGAAGAUGACAUGAAGGUUCACAGCAACUCUUACAAAAAGGCAUCUCGGAGGUUAGAGGCUUUGGAGCGGCUGUUUGAGAAGCAUGAAAUCGUAAAGUCUCCAUGUUUGAAGCAAAAACUAAAAGCUUUGCAUAAGAAGCAAGAACUGGCUACGAAGAUAAAGUCAAUUAAGAGAACAAUAAGAAAUUCUACUGCUUUGGCUUUUAAGGAUGAACUUAAGGCAAGAAAGAGAGUUCUUCGGAGGCUAGGAUAUAUUACAAGUGAGAAUGUCGUGGAACUGAAAGGGAAAGUUGCUGGUGAAAUUAGCACCGCUGAUGAGCUGACCCUGACUGAACUCAUGUUUAAUGGGGUCUUAAAGGACAUAAAGGUGGAGGAGAUGGUUUCUCUGCUCUCUUGUUUUGUCUGGCAAGAGAAGGUCCAUGAUGCUGCUAAGCCCCGGGAAGAACUUGCCCUGCUCUUUUCUCAAUUGCAAGAAACUGCUAGGAGGGUUGCACAACUUCAGCUUGAGUGCAAGGUUCAAAUUGAUGUGGAGAGUUUCGUGAGUUCAUUUAGGCCUGAUAUUAUGGAGGCUGUUUAUGCAUGGGCGAAAGGAUCGAAAUUCUAUGAUAUCAUGGAAAUUACUCAGGUUUUUGAGGGUAGCUUGAUCAGGGCAAUUAGACGACUCGAGGAACUUCUUCAGCAGCUAAUACAGGCAGCCAAAUCCAUUGGAGAAACGCAGCUCGAGGCUAAGUUCGAAGAGGCUGUUUCAAGGAUCAAGAGGGACAUUGUGUUUGCCGCAUCACUCUAUUUAUAGGAUAGUUUCUAGCUGAAGACAAAUGAUAAAUUACGUAGUAGCGUGGGAUUACCCACCAUCAAUUUUGUAGUAUAUGACCGUACAGUCACCAACAUGGCAAAUCUCUUAGCUAGUGCUAUAUCGUCAGGCUUUUAAGGGUAGCUUCAUUAGAGCAAUUGGAUGUCACUGGCAGCCAAGUACAUUGGAGUAACCUAGCUUGAGGCCAUAUUUGAAAAAGCUGUUUUAGAAUAUGAAGCCAGUGCAGUAUUGUAACAGAGGACACCAAUGUUGAGUAUGCGUACAGGCAAAAGUGCAAUUUCCUUCCUUCAAUUUUGGAGUCCUCGUAUGUCCAGUCAAAAUAUUUUAAAUUAUUUGUAACAGUUUAUUUAUUUAUCUAAAGUGUGCAUAAGCUACUUUCAUGUGCGCCUGUUGCACGCGUACGGUUUA